GCUCACUUUUAAAACGCAGAGCGCCAGAGCGGAGGAGCAGUGAAGAAGAGGAGACACACACACUCAAGCAGUGCCAUGGCCGAGCGUUACGACUGCACUGAGUGUGAGGAGAGUCUGUAUGGACUCAAGUACAUCCUGAAGGAGGAGAGGCCUUACUGCAUCAAGUGCUACGAGGCACUCUUCUCCAACACCUGUGAGGUCUGCCUCCAGCUGAUUGGCUGCACCAGCAAGGACCUGUCGUACAAAGAUCGUCACUGGCACAGUGAGUGCUUCCUCUGUGUGAAGUGCAGCCGCUCUCUGGUGGAGAAGCCCUUUGCUACCAAAGACGAUCAGCUCAUGUGCACUGACUGCUACAGUAAUGAGUACUCAGCUAAGUGCUAUGGCUGCCUCAAGACCAUAAUGCCUGGUACCAAAAAGAUGGAGCACAAAGGCAGCAGUUGGCAUGAGAACUGCUUCAGCUGUAACCGCUGUCAGCAACCCAUCGGCACAAGGAGCUUUGUCCAGAAAGAUGCUCAUAACUACUGCCUGCCCUGCUAUGAGAAGCAGUUUGCUCUGCAGUGUGUGCACUGUAAGAAGCCCAUCACCACAGGAGGGGUCAACUACCGGGACCAGCCCUGGCACAAGGAGUGCUUUGUGUGCAUUGGCUGUAAACAGCAGCUGGCCGGACAGCGCUUCACAUCUCGGGACGACUUUGCCUACUGUCUCGACUGCUUCUGUAACCUGUUUGCCAAGAAGUGUGCCUACUGCACCACCCCCAUCAGCGGUCUGGGGGGUAGUAAAUACAUCUCGUUUGAGCUGCGUCAGUGGCACAACGACUGUUUCAACUGCAAAAAGUGCAGCGUGUCCCUGGUGGGGCGGGGCUUCCUCACCUGCAAAGAUGACAUCCUGUGCCCAGACUGUGGGCGGGACAUGUGA